AUGGAUGCCAGUUUUUGUAGCUCCCAAUCAAUAGGCGAUCCACGUGGUUGUUUUGUUCUGAGUCACGACAAGCCAGUCAAGACAACUAGCUACAAUACAUCGAUCGAUGUCGUCGACUAUGUGGAGAAUAAUCAAUAUUGGUAUCAGUCACCGUUUCCACAGAAAUACAUGGCACUUUGUUUCAAGCUGUCCUCUGUCAAAGCCUGUUCGAAAUCGCCAUCGGCCAACGAUUUCAUCGGACUGGUAACCGAACUAGUUAGCAAUCUGACAAUGGUAAUCGAGAGCAACAACCUUGGUUUGGAGGUGAUUCUCGAUGGAUCGGGUGCGCCACUCGAUUGUUUGAUGGGACUGUGGAAUCCGUUGGUGUCGACGUGGAUCGGACAUCCCUGGGAAGCGAUUCACUCCAACAACGAAACACUCGGUUAUAACAGAUUCCAAGUGGUGGAUCUACCGAUUGAACCGAUUAUUCCAGGUUUUCUCAUCGAUUUGAUGUGUUUGGAAUCGCCACCGUUUGGUAAAUUCAGUGGACCGAACGCCAGCUAUCCAGUGUUGGUUUGGGAGCCAUCCAAUCAAGCAACAAUCGACUCUGUUGCUCAAUCCUAUAUCGAUUGUCAACUGAAACACUCUUCGCAAAGUUUUGCACCACUGCGAUACGCUACCAAUAUAGAUCCAGCUCAGAUGUUAGUCUACCAAGGUACACAAACCUCGAGAAAUUCAUGGAAUGUCCGACUCGACAGUAUGUCUCCAGAGAAUAGCAAACUACUCGAGGUUUCACCAAUCUCUCAGAUUCCAGAGAAUUAUUUCGGAUCGUUGGUAGUUGUCACUGAGAUCGAGCAGAUACUCUUUACCAUUACAUUCUUUACCAAUCAGUCAUCGGUGUAUUACUAUCAUCUACUGGUAUCGAAAGGUGAAUUUGGAGACCUGUAUCAAUCUGGAACAUUUUCUCUGCCACUUGGUGAUAGGGGACAGCUGUUAUAUGCCAAAAUGAUUGGAAACCAACAGCUACUUACAUACAAUGAAAACUCUGGAUAUAUUCUCUAUAGUUUGGAGUUAAACAAUUCAAGUUUACUACUCGAUUUUAAACCGCUGGUCUUUGGCGUGCUGCCAAAUGAUUUGGGUGCGUCAUUCCUCAGCUCGACACUGGAUUUCAUUAACCAAAAGACAGAUUCCAACGGAACACAAUCAUUGGAAGUCAUACAAUACUAUUCAUCGUCCACAUGCAGUUUCGGAGCAACAACUUGGUCGAUUGCAAUCUCACCUUUCUUGGAACCACUCUCUGUACAAGGUCCGACUUGUCUCCUAUCCAAUCAGUCGCCUGACUUCCAAGAUAUCAACACAAUGAGCGCAAUCAAUUCUCACAAUCCAUUCUCACCGUGUCUCUAUGAUGGAAUUGUCACUUUCGAUUCAACAUCAAAGCAAACCAUCUCUGGACUCUAUGUAUGUAUCAAGCAAGAUCUAUCGUUUAACGUCACCAGUGGACCAUCUGUUUUGGAUGUCGGUGGAAAUCCUCAACUCUCGAUGGCACUCUACAAUGGACAGCCACAUGUGCUAUUGAUACACGACCAAGGAUACUGCUACAAUACAGAGACAAGAAACAAGAGACCAUCGCCAAGAGUAUGUGAGUCAACAGCCAGCACUGAUAGCAACUCGAAAGUACUAAACUAUGCCUAUGGAUUGUUCUCUGAUUUCCUUAUUCAUAUCGAGCAAUCGCUGAUUCUCUCGGCAUGUGACAAUACAAUUCUUCACGGUGCAUACGAUCAAGGUAGCUAUCCAUCGGGAACACUCUUCAACACCUUUGAUUAUAUAACAGGAAAUGCUACCAUUGGUGUGAUAACAUUGCACCAAGGUGUUUCUUCAACUUUCAUCGACUACAGCGCAUGUGGUGCACCGAAUUCACACAAUGAUUUAGUACUUGACAGUUGGCCAUUAUAUCCAUCAUUAAUAAACAUAGAUAAAUAA